AUUGCAACGUACACGUCUGGAUAGAUUUUGUGUUGCGACAAAUAUUGAUACAGUUUUCAAUUCAUAGUGUAUAUUUUUUAACUUAAUUUCAUGAAUAAACCCACUUAAUUUUAUUGCAAUUCCGAUUAAACAUGAUAAAAGCAAUUUUAGUCUUCAACAAUCAUGGUAAACCAAGACUGUCUAAAUUUUAUCAGUACUUCAAUGAAGAUAUGCAGCAACAGAUAAUUAAAGAAACAUUUCAAUUAGUCUCAAAACGUGAUGAUAAUGUAUGCAAUUUUCUCGAAGGUGGAAGCUUAAUCGGUGGAUCUGACUAUAAACUCAUCUAUCGUCACUAUGCUACAUUAUAUUUUGUAUUUUGUGUUGAUUCAUCCGAGAGUGAGUUAGGAAUACUUGAUCUAAUACAAGUUUUUGUUGAAACACUUGAUAAAUGUUUUGAAAAUGUAUGCGAACUGGAUUUGAUAUUUCAUGCUGAUGCAGUGCAUCACAUAUUAGCUGAGCUAGUUAUGGGUGGCAUGGUUUUACAAACUAAUAUGACAGAUAUAUUAGCUAGAAUAGAGGAGCAAAAUAAAUUGGUUAAGCAAGAGGCUGGAAUCUCUGCUGCACCCGCGAGAGCUGUAAGCGCAGUUAAAAGUAUGAACAUUCCACAACAAAUCAAAGAUAUUAAAUUACCUGAUUUGCCACAGGCUAUAAAGGAUUUGAAAUUUUGACCAAGUCAAAAUUUGACUUCAUCAUUUGUUGAUUCAUUUGUCAUUAAUCGAAUUACGCCCUCAUUUAGUUCUACAGCAUUCGUCGGCAAUUUACACUCUAGUAAUUUAAAGCAGAAAAUAUUAAGUGAAAGCAUUUAUGAAAGCAUUGAUAGCAGCGGUUUAAGUGCUUCCGCUGCACCAAAAAAAUUCAACUACUACUACUAUCAGGCACAAACCAAAAUGGAUAUCGAGGUUUCAAAUGCUUUUGAAAAUAAAUCUAGUGAUUGUUGCGAUUGAUUCCACAACCAAUAAGUUAUAAUAAAAAUUAAUUACUCUUGACGUUUAAGAGCUAUCUCUACCAAUUAAUAACGAAAACAAAUGGUUAGAGUUUUUUGUGGCUAGUUUUGAAACGUAGUAACGAAGGAUCUUUAUCUAAAAUUUCGGAAUGCAAUAAAAAUAUUUUGUUGGGCAUAUCUCUAAACGCUUCACAUUAAUAUUUAGAACAUGUGAUUUUUAAUGAAAGAACAAAUUUAAAGUUUUAUUUUCAUAAUUUUCCAAUAAAAUUUUAUUUAGUAU